CGCCAAAAAAUUAUAACUAUAAUACAAAAUCGUGUCUACAAAGCAGAAAUUUUCCAGAGUAAACUUAAAGACGACAUUCAUCAACCACUGUGAUGUUUUUUCGGAUUGCUGUCUUGGUUUUGGUAUGGGGACAUUUAGAAACAGGCGAAGGCCGAUCUAUAACAGAUGGUGACAAAAAACAAGUAACCUGCAAUAAACAGAUCGACCUUGGAAUCACCUUGGAUGCCUCUGCCAGUAUCGGAGAAGAAAACUUUAAAAAAUACAAACGCUUUUCCAAAGAAUUGCUAAGUCGCUUUGCCAUCUCUCUCUCAAGAACUCACGUUGCUUUGAGCUAUUUCUCCAUGUAUCAUCACAUUGUAGCAACUUUUAAUAAAAGUCAUACUUUAGAGGAAGCAAACUCGAUCAUUGAUGACAUGGUGUACGAGAACUCGGCAUCCAAGUUAUCGAACGCUAUAGUGGAAUUGCAUUUUGCAGUGUUUGCUGGAAAAUGUUCUGGAGUACGCCCAAAAGGUUCUGGUUCAAAGAUGGUUUCAUUAUUCGUAACAGAUGGAUUUUCUACCUCUGGCUACGAACUUACCAACAGCCGAGCGAAAGACUUUCAUAACUAUGGGAUAGAAGCAUUUGCAGUCUACCCAAAUGGGAAAGUCCAUGAAAACAUCCUUCGCUCUAUUGCUAGUAGACCCAUUGCAAAGCAUUUGUUUAGACUGGAAGAGAAACAAGAAAAGAGGCGUUCGUUGAUUGAUAAAAUUGUAAGGCAGAUUUGUUUUGGAUCUUAUAGUAAGAGAUAAAUGAUGUGUUAAACUCUUGGCGCUUGCUAGGAAAGAGACGUU